AUGCUACCACCAGCAACACAUCCCGAUGACGGCGACAGCACCGCGGCUGUAGGUGACGAGCCAGAAUCGGGCGGUAAACAAACAAGGGCCCAGCUACAACAUGGUACGAUAGGCUUCGUACGCAAGGUCUCUUGCGGUGCUUUCGACAAGAAAAAUCGGUUCGAAAUUGCUCGGACGUGGAACUACAAUUCCUGGAAAGGUCGCAAAGAAUUCAGUUACAUUGCAGAAGCCGGGCCCCGGAGAUUCCGAGUGAGCUUGCCAUGCUCAGGCGAAGCAGUAGAAUCUAGGGAAGAGUGGAUGGAUAUCCAUGAAGCCAACAUACGUGGUCUCAUAUUUGAGGAACAGAAAAAUGAUCGUAGAAAGCUUCGGGUGAUGUACUUCGUCAUGGCCAGACCCCCACAAUUCUACGAACGAAAGAAUUCCAAAGACGCUGUGGUAUUGCCUUCGCGCAGACCGUACCCUUCUAACAUGCCGGUGGCCAUGGACGACAUCAUUCGAGACGAGAUCGGAAAGUGGGAUUGUGGAAGCAACGAAAGUUUGAGCAACAAUUCGUCAAAGUGGGGUGCUCGAGUCUCUCUUGCGUUCACAACAUCCCAGAGGGUGACGAAUUUGAAAGAACACGAAGUGGCAAUCCGACCUGAUAUACCCCCAGAGUCAAAGUUCCCCAACACAGAUGGCUGCGGCAUAAUCUCUAAGAAGCUUUGCCACACUAUAAACCGUAGUCUUGGAUCAGCAAGUUCAACACACCCACGAGCGUUCCAGAUUCGCUUUGGUGGUGUCAAGGGUGUAGUCUAUACCGCCGCAGACUCUCUGCUCAUACACGAAGGCAAACGAUGUGAAAUGCUCUUAAGGAAGUCACAAAUGAAGUUCACGACUCCGGAGAGCGCGGAAUGCCAGCUAAGGGUCGUUUACUCAACGGGUGAACAACACCAGUGCUUGUUCUUUGACUCUGCACUGAAAGCCUUCGAAGAUUCCGGCGCAGACACGGGGAAGAUCGAGGAAAUCUUUGGUAAGACUUACGACGAGCUUGCCAACGGUUCCUCGACUGGUCUAGGACAUCUCCAACAGAUCUUCCGGAUCAGCAAUGACUUUGACCACAGUAGUGCAGACAAAAGACAUCAUCUGCUUAAGCUGGCUGUGACGCUGAAGCAUCUGAGCCCUGCCAUCAAUCCUGAGGACUAUCCCCACAGCUUCUUGGCUCUCUACCUCACGAAGUUAGGUCAGCGCGUCCGCGACAGAGACAUGUUCAAGAUUCCUAUCCCUGGAAGUUACAAUGUCCUUGGUCUCACUGACGAUUAUGGAAUUCUGGACAGAAUGCAAGUUAUUGUGCGUGCUCAUGGUCGUACAAUCGAUGGAAAGGUCUUGUUGUAUCGAGAUCCGAUCGUACAUAUCGGAGACAUUCAGAUAGCCAACGCGCUCAGCGAGCGAGAGAUCGAGGCAGUAAUGAUCAGACGCGUCACUGAACUUCGACUAGGGUUUGUACAGUACUAG